CGCUAUACGUUUAAUUUAAGUGUGAGCUAGGCUGCGACAUGAGCAAAACCUGUACUAAGGUGCAGCUGCGUUAUUAAUACAAAUGGUUUGGCUAGCUAACGUCAGCUAGCGUUUGCUAAAACCAAAGGCGCCCUGUUGUAUCGAAAUGGUAACGUGUCUAGCUUUUCCGGAUUUAACAUUACGUUUCCGCGGAAGAAAGUUCCCUUUGGUUUGGAUGGUAGCCGAACAUGGUUUGAACACGUAGUUGGGCUCCUUUGGUGUGUUUGUCAACAAGGAAUCAACCGAGGUGCAAUAGCAGCAGUGGUGGCAGAGCUACGACGUGACGUUACAACGUGACGUAAUGUUAUCCUAAAGUAGUUAACCGUUAGCUACGGUUAGUUCAAAUUUAACGUUAGUGCUUUGCAGAACAACAUCAGAGAUUCGAGUGCAUGACGUUUUUCGCCACCGUCGUGGGCCACUUCAUGUAAUUUAACACAUAAAGUGCACAUACGAAGCGAUAAGCCCAGCCUCCUCCCUAACCGGAUAUAGUAGCGGAUUUAUGUCUUGACUUUCCCCAACGUCUUUGGCUAAACUUUAGGACAACGGGUUCUGCUCGUCCGCGCACCGACCCACGCCGAAGAUGAAGCGGGCCAAAGCCGGCGGCGACGACCCUCCCCGGCAGAAUGGCCCCGCGGGCCGCAGGCAAAGGGAAAAACGGCAGAGUGAAGGGGACGAUUCUGACUGUAACUUCGGCACAGACGACCUGCAAGGGGACGACAAUGACCCGGGGCUCCGGAGGGAGAUCCGGAGCAAGUACCGGGACCUCAUCAACUCGGUGCAACAGAAUCGAGAAGAUAUGCUGAGACCCUCCAACAACAAGCUCACAGAAGUUUUAGAAGAGGCUAACAAACUUUUUAAAGAUGUACGGCAGGCGAGGGAAGCGGCUCUGGACGCGCAGCUCCUGGUUGUGGCCACGGAUCUGGGAAAGGAGAAAGCCAGCCAGCUGUUCGCCGAGGGCACUGCCUUCGAUUCCGCGGCUUUUGCCGAGCAUCUUCUGUCCUUCAUGGGUCUCAACCGACUGGAGGACGGGGAGGACGACCAGCAGAACGGAGGUGCAGUUGAUGGCUACCUGCCCCAGGAUGCUUGGCACCGGGUGGCCAGGAGAGCAGAGAGCUGUGUCAGGGCAGCACCCUCCUUCCACUACAUGAUGGGUUCGUUCCAUGCAGAGCCGCCUCCUCCAAAGCAAAGGAUAGAACGGCAAAAGAAGGCCUCUACCAAGGAGGCAAAAAGGAUCAUGCCGACGCAGCUGAAGAGAAUGGAAGGCUCGCAUCAGGAAGCCACAGAGAAAGAGGUGGAAAGGAUCCUGGGAUACCUGAAGAGUUAUUUCCAAGAUGAUCCAACAUCGCCGAUAUUGUAUUACGAGUUCGUCAUCGACCCAAAGUCCUUUUCUCGGACAGUUGAGAACAUUUUCCACACGUCUUUUCUAAUCCGGGACGGCUUGGCCCGGAUGUACUUGGAUAAUUCCAAAUUGCCAUGUAUAGCGCCUGUAGAGGAGGGAGAGGUGGAAGCUGGAGGAUCAGUCAGCCGUAAACAAUGCAUCGUCUCGAUUAGCCCCAAAAUGUGGAAGGAGCUUAUUGAGGCUUUUGACAUCAGAGACACAAUGAUUCAGCCUCCGAACACACAGAAUGAGUGACGCCUCAUACAGAAUGUUGUUUUUAUUUGUUUUUUUUAAUUUGUAAAUAAUAAAGGCAUAAAGUUCUACAUUUUCAAAGGGCAAAUUUCAGUGACGGUCCCUCUUGUAAACAUAUAUUAUAGCGUCUUGAGACCACAAUUACAUUUUAAUUUCUACUUUUUUACCAUUUAAAAAAAUAAAAAAAAUAAAAAGUCGGUACUGUUAUUUUUGAUUUAUGGUAUAUAAGUAAAUGCAAUCUUGUGUUUUAAUGUUUGGAUAAUCACUGGUACAUUAAAGGUGUUGACAGGGAUAUUAAGAGCCGCUGGCUAGCAGCUAACGAGCCAACGGCGAGGGGGCAGCUCUGCAUUGGCACCUUCGGUGGGAAAGGUGUUGUCAGAUGUUACUGCAUAAAGAUGACCUCACCAGUGGUGCACGCUCACAUCCACUAAAGGUGGGCUGGUCAUGUAAACAGCACAGAGAAGCUCAGGUACACAUUACUGCAAUAUAGCUUGACAUACUAACUAUGUAUAUGUUGUUCUUCUGGAUAUCAUACAAAGGACCUUUUUUAAAUAUGUAUUACUGCUGCAUAGUUGCCUGUAAAAGAGCACAACUAAUAGCAUCUUUGAGGGAACUACCUAAAGGGCCGGGAGCCUCGGCCUCACAGGAACAAGGAGGCAAACGUCUUUGAUUGUUGUGUUUCUAAGCUUUCUAUUUGUGUAUGGUGCAGUUCUGAUGUUCAAAGCAUUUGACAGCAUUUUCAUCUUGUUUUUAAAUAAACAUAAAAGUUAAUUCCUA